AUGGGCUCCAUAGGGGUCAUGGGACCUGACCAGUACAGUCCCAGUAUCCCCCAGUACAACCCAACUGCCCCUAGUAUGGCCCCACUGAGUCCCAGUAUGUCUCCAGUAUCACCCCAGUACAGCCCAGCUGACUCCCAGUGUGCCCAGGUGUGUCCCCACCCUUACCCAGGUGCGCCGGUGGUGCUGAAGCUGCUGCGGAAGGACCGGACGGGCAGGUGGGGCUUCCUGCGGGAGUUCUGCACUCACCUGUGCCUGCGGGGGCAGCUCACCUGCCUGCAGGUGCUGCCCCUGGCCUUCGAGACCCCCACCCACUUCGGCUUCGCGCAGGAACACGCACCUGCCGGGGACCUGUGUGGGCUGCUCACACCUGGGGUGGGCCUUCCUGAGCCGCAGGUGAAGCGCGUGGCCACCCAGGUGGGCGCGGCCCUGGAUUACCUGCACGGCCAUGCCCUGGUGCACCGAGACGUGAAACUGGACAACGUGCUGGCCUUCGACCCCCAGUGCCAACUGGUCAAACUGGGCGACUUCGGCCUCACCCGCGUCAUGGGCUGGCAGGUGGGGCCCACCUGCGGCUCGGGCCACGCCCCCUAUGCCGCACCUGAGCUGUGCCACCUGCGCGAGGCGGAGACGCUGCGCCUGGAGCCCAGCCUGGACUCCUGGGCCUUCGGCGUCCUCCUCUUCGCCCUCCUCACAGGCACCUUC